AUGGAAGCUCGUGUCAGUUGUCAGCGUGCUGACCUCGAGGUGAGUGAGCCGCGUUUUGCAGAAUGGUUCCCGGUGGCCGUAGCAUUCGGGACCCCGGAGCGUCCGUCCGCCGCAGACUCACCUGUGGAGCGCCUGUCGGCCCGCAUCUGGGACUACGGACUGCCGCCGCCGCCGCCGCCGCCGCCCGCAGGUGGUGGGCGGCAGGGAGGGGGAGGGGGGUGCGCCGGCGCCCUGGCCGAGCUCCGCCGCCUCGCGUGGGAGGAAGCCUGGCAGCUCGUCGAGGAGCUCGACUGCCGGAUCGCCGGCGACUGCAUCGACUCCUGCUCUGUGCCGAGGUUGAACAACAUGGAAUGGAACAUGACAACGCUGCAAACGGAUGAUCUGAGGCAUAUCCUGUCUCAGUCACUCCAAGCUGUUCGGCGCACCACAAGAGCCACGGUCGGCAGGAUGAGAUGUGAGGGCUGGCGUCUACCUGAUUCUGAGUGGAUGUAUAAAACUGUUUUCCAGGAACGCCUCUCCAGCUACUGGCGAGACGUGGCGCAGCUGCUCUCGCUCAGUGCGACGCACUACUCACAGCUGUUGGUUCCCCUCGCAUUCGAAGAUAUGGGUAACCACACGAGUGGUCAGCAACUCCACGGUUGGAUCAAGGACGUGGAACGUGUGAAAGACAUGCUGCACACGAAAUUAAUCGGAUUGGUACACGACGCGCAAUACGUCAGCAAACAGGUAGAGCACUACGAGAUGGAAGAAAAGGACAGGCCAGGACGCUUGAUAUUCAGGCGGCCGCUGUUGAGUGAACGCCUACUGCGCUAUCAGCCGUGGAACCUCUCCUUUCCCGACGACUUCAGUGCGCUGUGCGAGGAGCGGCAGCCAGAGCUGUCGCAGGUGUUCAGCCUAGCUGCCUCACUGUACGCCGCCUAUCGCGUCUACUGGUACGCUGCCGCUGAGUACAUCGAUUUAUUAUACGAAGAUGAAUUCAAGACUGUAGACGAGGAGUGGCAGCUGGAGGACAGAAGCAGCGCUACACUCUCCGUGGACACUGACUGCGUGCAGCUGUUGGCGAACGCCCUGGACCACCCCACGUGUCCGCUGGAAGACCUGCCUCUGGAAGCGGUUAAGCAGCGCGAGCAGUGCCGUGUGCAGCUGUGGGACGACGUGGUGCAGAGGUCGCCCCUCAUACCCGUGACCAGCUACCUGGCCUACACGCAGAGGGUGAAGGUCAACCUCUGUCUGCUGGCCUGGAUGGCAGUCAACUCGUACAGCAUUUGUCAGGGCGUCCCAUUUAGUAUGAUACAGUCCGUGCAUGAUGCUCGUUGCUAUUUCGAUAGACCUGACGAUCAAUCGUGUCUGCAAUCGAACGCUACAGAUGCCAUCUGCUCUGUUUCCAGAGCUAUUCUGUUGCUGAAGUGCCGCGAUUUUUCCUCCUUUAAGCAUUGCCAUAAUUGUACGCUCAUUUAUUUCCAAUUUCUAUCGAGCGAUCUGUGUGCUGGAUACAAAAUAUUAGAGACUCCAUCUAGUGUUACGUACCUCCCUGUAAUUGUUCAAACAUUGCAUGUGCUUGAGGUGAAUGUUGUUAACCAAGACAGUCAACUUGCAACUUCUGUGGAGAAGAAAUAA